UUUAUUUAUUUAUUUACCAAAUAAGUUUAGAAAAUCAAAUAAAGUACAAAUUCAAAUGCUACCCUACCAAACAGAUCAUUAAUAUGUCUGGAGAUUUCAGUUGAUAAAAAUGCCAAAAAUUUGAAACUUUCUUGAUCACCACCUCCAUGCUUCAUGGUUGUGCUUCGUCAAGGCGUUUGAUUUCAGUCCCUCCAUAUCUCCAUCUCCCCAAACUCACCUUCCCAUCAAUUCUCAGCAAUUGGGUCUCCAAUUCCCUCCUCCAUCAACAAACCCACAUCAAAUCAUCCAAAUCCUGCACAACCCACAGCGAACUUCUCGAUGUCUUCGAUCACCUUCUUCGACAAUGCACAACAAUGCAACAAUGUCAGCAACUUCACUCCCAAAUUCUCGUUACUGGGUCGUCCAAUUCAGCAUUCCUGGCUGCCAGGCUUGUCUCCAUCUACGCUCGUUUCGGGCUUCUUGAUGAUGCUCGAAAAGCAUUCGAAACAACCCCAAUUGAAUGCUUCUCAAACUCGCUUCUAUGGAACUCAAUCUUCAGAGCUAGUGUAGUGUAUGGAGAAUAUGAAGAGGCUCUUAAGCUUUAUCUUCGGAUGCGCAAACUUGGGGUUGGAGCUGAUGGGUUCACUUUUCCUUUGGUUAUAAGGGUUUGUGGUGUGUUUGGCGAUUCUAGAUUGUGCAAGAUUGUUCAUAGUCUUGUUUUGCAGAUGGGUUUUCAAUAUCAUCUUCAUGUUGUGAAUGAGUUGUUGGGUAUGUACGGAAAGGUUGGGGAAAUGGGUUACGCUCGCAAACUGUUUGAUAGAAUGUCUGUUAGAACCCAUAUUUCAUGGAACACUAUGGUUUCUGGAUUUGCACUUAAUUAUGAUUGUAAUGGUGCUUUUGAGAUAUUUUGUCAGAUGGAAUUGGAUGGUUUGGAGCCGAACAUCGUGACGUGGACAUCAUUGUUGUCAAGUCAUGCCAGGUGCGGGCGUCAUGAAGAAACGUUGCGUUUGUAUGGUGUGAUGAGAGGGAAAGGAAUUGGUACUACUGCUGAAGCACUUGCUGUGGUUGUAUCUGUUUGUGCCGAUUCAGGUGCACUCGACAAGGGUGAGGUAAUCCAUGGUUAUGUUGUUAAGGGUGGUUUUGAGAAUUACUUAUUUGUGAAAAACUCACUUAUAUGUAUGUAUGGUAAACAUGGAGCGGUUAGAGAUGCAGAAAAUCUGUUUUCAGAAAUGGAAUCGAAGAAUAUAGUGAGUUGGAAUGCUUUGAUAUCGUCCUAUGCAGAAUCUGGAUUGUGUGAUGAGGCUUUCACUAUAUUUUCACAGAUGGAAAGACCCAAUGUGAUUAGCUGGAGUGCUGUUAUUGGUGGAUUUGCUUCUAAGGGGCGUGGGGAGGAGUCUUUGGAACUCUUUCGGCAUAUGCAAUUAGCUAAAGUAUCGGCCAACUCCAUUACAGUUUCCAGUGUUUUAUUGGUUUGUGCAGAAUUAUCAGCACUUGCUUCUGGCAGGGAAAUCCAUAGCCAUGUGAUUAAAGCUAUGAUGGAUAGGAACAUUUUAGUGGGAAAUGGAUUGAUUAAUAUGUAUACUAAAUGUGGAAGUCUCAAUGAAGCACAUUUGGUUUUUGAUAAAAUUGAUGGUAGAGAUUUAGUUUCAUGGAAUUUAAUGAUUGCAGGGAAUGGCAUGCACGGACUUGGUGAUGACGCUUUAAAAACUUUCGAGCAGAUGAUUAAAGCUGGAUAUAAGCCCGAUGGGGUUACUUUUGUCGCUGUUCUUUCUGCUUGUAGCCAUGCUGGGCUUGUUUCAAAGGGUCGUGAGCUUUUUGAUCAAAUGAUAAGAGGGUUUAAGAUUGAACCCCAAAUGGAGCACUAUGCCUGCAUUGUAGACCUUCUCGGCCGUGCGGGUUUUUUGCAAGAAGCAAGUGAAAUGGUGAGAAACAUGCCAAUGGAACCCAAUGCUUAUGUCUGGGGAGCUCUUUUGAACUCUUGUAGGAUGUAUACAAACACAGAUGUUGCCGAAGAAACUGCUUCUCGGAUUUUUAGGCUAAAGUCUGAGACAACAGGGAGCUACAUGUUGCUCUCUAAUAUUUAUGCUGCAAGUGGGAGAUGGAAGGAUUCUGCAAGGGUGAGAAUCUCUGCAAAAACAAAGGGUCUAAAGAAAAUAUGUGGACAGAGUUUGAUUGAGGUGAAGAAGAAGGUACAUAUGUUCUCAGCAGGGAAUACAUUGGAAACGGGGAUGGAGCAAGUUUACGAAAUGCUAAAGGAUUUGGACCUUCAGAUGAAGAUUGAAGGCUAUUUACCGGCAGAGAGCUUUGUGCCACGAGAUUUAGGUGAAAGCUUAUUCACCACUAAAGAAAUUCCUGCAAAAAUCAGUUGAAUUUCCUGAUUUCCUGUCAUAACAGAUGUACACAAAACCCUAAUCCAACAUUUCCAAACCACAAAUAAUUUAAUAGAAAAUAGCUUUGUUUACUGGAUAGAUGAACAAUCCUUCUGCAUCCUCUAUUACUGAACUCAUCCAUGCAAUUUCUAUAAAA